CUGCCUCCUCUCCUGCCUCUCUGUGUGAGUGACAAACACACACACUCACACACUCACACACACGCAAGGCCUGGCCUCUUUCUCUUGGACUUGACUUGACCACAGCGCAGCAUCAUCAUGUCUGACCGGGGCGCGUUCGACACCAACGUGAUCACGCUGACCAGGUUCGUCCUGGAGGAGGGCCGCAAGGCGCAGGGCACCGGCGAGCUGACCACCCUGCUCAACUCCAUGUGCACGGCCAUCAAGGCCAUCUCCACCGCCGUGCGCAAAGCUGGCAUCGCCAACCUCUAUGGCAUUGCAGGCAGCACCAACGUGACUGGGGAUCAGGUGAAGAAGCUGGACAUCCUGUCCAACGACCUCGUCAUCAACAUGAUCAAGUCGUCCUUCACCUCCUGCGUGCUGGUGUCCGAGGAGGAUGACCACGCCCUCAUCGUGGAGCCAGAGUCUCGGGGGAAAUAUAUUGUGUGCUUUGACCCUCUGGAUGGCUCUUCAAAUAUUGACUGUCUUGCAUCAAUCGGAACCAUAUUUGCAGUCUACAGAAAGACGACAGACCAUGAGCCCUGUGAGAAGGACGCGCUGCAGUCCGGCCGGCACAUCGUGGCUGCAGGCUACGCCCUGUACGGCAGCGCCACCAUGCUGGUGCUCUCCACCGGUCAAGGGGUCAACUGCUUCAUGCUGGACCCGGCUAUUGGGGAGUUCAUCCUGGUGGACCGUGAUGUGAAGAUUAAGAAGAAAGGGAAGAUCUACAGUCUGAACGAGGGCUACGCACAGCACUUCUACCCCGACGUCACGGAUUACCUCCAGAAGAAGAAGUUCCCUGAGGAUGGUAGCGCCCCCUAUGGUGGGCGAUAUGUGGGCUCUAUGGUGGCGGAUGUGCACAGGACUCUGGUGUACGGCGGGAUCUUCCUGUACCCAGCCAACGACAAGAGUCCCAAGGGCAAGCUGAGGCUUCUGUACGAGUGCAACCCCAUGGCGUACAUCAUAGAGCAGGCGGGCGGCAUGGCGACCACGGGGAGCAUGAACGUCCUGGACAUCCAGCCGGAGUCCAUCCACCAGCGCUGCCCAGUGGUCCUGGGCUCCCCCGACGACGUGAACGAGUACCUCGCCAUCUGCAAGAAACAUCACAAGUGAGGCCUCACAGAGACCUCUGUCCAGUCCGAAUACCCACACUGGCGCACGCACACACACAGUCAUAGGCAGAGACAAAACACCAUGCGAGAUCGGACAGAUAAGCGCUGUGUAGUAGGAUGUGUUCUGCUGACAAGAGUGUGUGAGGUCAGUACGUGGCUCUUGAAUGGUCACCAAGGCUUCUAUGAGCACUUGAAUGGCCUUGCAGCCCAAACACAACACCAAACUGUUUUGUCUUCAUUUGCCUCUUACUGUCCUCUCUAAAUGAAAGAUAGAUUUUUUUUAAAUAAAACCUCUAAAAUAAA